AUGGCUGGGACAUCUACUAGGACAACCGAGCAUCAAGGAACAACAACAAACGUCGUAAUUAACGAACAACCAUCGGAGAAUUGCGAGGUGGCGCAAGAUGAGCCAGUUGGGACGUAUAAUGUAGGAAGAUCAGGAGCAACUUCUACUGUCUUCUUGUCAACUGUAGUACUGGUGAUUCGGGAUCAAAGCGGAAACAAGCAAUUAGCUAGGGCCUUACUCGACAAUGGGUCACAAGCGAAUUUAAUGAGCGAGCGAAUGUGUCAAAUUUUGAAGCUGAAGCGACGUUCAGUGAAUGUUCCAGUUUGCGGAAUUGGUGAGUCUGAAACAAGGGCGAAACAUGCAGUUAGCACCAUCAUCAGUUCUAGAGUGGCAGAAUUUUCGGUGGGUGUGGAUUUCUUAAUACUACAACGGGUCACUUCUAAUCUGCCUGCUGCAACUGUAUCAACAUCACAAUGGAAGAUUCCAGAGCAUUUACCCUUGGCUGAUCCAAAUUUCAACGAUGCAAGUCGGAUCGAUCUUUUGAUCGGUGCGGAACAUUUUUAUCAAUUUUUCUAUGAACGUGAAAUGAAGCGAGUCUCUCUGGGUCCAGGACUUCCCAAUUUGGUACAGACAGUCUUUGGUUGGGUAGUUUCAGGAAGGUAUUCAGCACGAGGUAAUCAACCGAUCAACUGUUGUCUAGCAACAUCGCCGGAUAAUUUAGAAAUCGCACUGGAAAGAUUUUGGAAAGUGGAGAGUACGGAAGAUCAACCCUUGUGGUCCAAACAGGAACAAGAUUGCGAGACACAUUUCUUGGAAACUCAUAGCCGUUUGGAGGACGGUAGAUACGUUGUUCGUUUACCAAAGCACGUCAAUUUCAACCGAAUGAUUGGGGAAUCCAGGAAAAUGGCGUUGGAGCGAUUUCUGAAAAUGGAAAAACGAUUGGAACGAGAUGCGGAAAUGAAAAUUCAAUAUCAUGCCUUCAUGCAGGAGUAUGCUAACCUUGGGCACAUGAAGAAGGUAACAAAUGAAGACACACUGAGGGAGAAUGCAAGUUCUGGAGCGCAGAAGGUGCUUUACCUGCCUCACCAUGCGGUGUUGAAGGCAUCAAGCAGCACGACCAAAGUGCGCGUUGUGUUCGACGGAUCAGCGCGCACAAACAGCGGAUACUCUUUGAACGAUGCUUUAUUGAAAGGACCGAUAAUCCAGGACGAGCUUUUGAGUCUUCUACUGCGUUUCCGUAAGCAUGAAAUCGCAUUAGUAGGAGACGUGGAAAAAAUGUACAGGCAAGUUCGCGUACAUCAGGAUGAUACAAGCCUUCAACGAAUCCUUUGGAGAUUUUCGGCCGAUGAACCUAUUUGCGAAUACGAAUUGCUUACAGUCACCUACGGAUUAACACCAUCAUCAUUUCUUUCCAUUCGAGCGUUGCAUCAGUUAGCAGCAGACGAGGGGGCUGAAUUUCCUGUUGCUAGUGCGGCUUUGAUCCAUGAUUUUUAUGUAGACGACUACAUCGGCGGGGCAUCCAGUGUUGGCAAUGCAACUCAAUUGCGGGAAGAUUUGACGAAAUUGAUGUCCAAAGGCGGUUUUGUACUGAGGAAAUGGUGCUCGAAUUGUCCGGAGGUACUGAAGGACGUCCCUGCAGAUCAGCUAGGAACGCAUCUGUCGAUUACAUUCGAUUUGAAUCCAGAUGAGGAGGUGAAAACAUUAGGAAUAACAUGGGAGCCAAGAUCUGAUCAAUUGAGAUUCAACAUGGAGGUUGCAGUCGACAGCGUAGCGUGGACAAGGAGACGAAUUCUUUCGUGCAUUGCGAAGCUAUUUGAUCCUCUAGGAUUAAUAUCGCCAAUAGUCGUUUAUGCGAAGAUAAUUAUGCAGCAGCUUGCUUUAUUGCAAACUAGUUGGGAUUCUCCUGUUCCAAUGGAAUUAGAGAAAAGGUGGACGGCUUUCUACAACGAAUUAAACAAUUUGUCGAAACUACGAGUUCAGCGGUUUGCCUUCAUAUCUUCUUGGAACGAUGUUCAGAUCCACUGUUUUGCAGAUGCAUCAGAAUCAGCUUAUGGAGCCUGUUUGUACGUUCGUACAAUGGAUGCCAAUGGAAAUAUACAUAUCGAAAUGCUGUCUUCGAAAUCCCGUGUAGCUCCAUUAAAAAGGCUUACUCUACCACGUUUGGAGUUGUGUGCUGCUAAGGAGGCAGCUACUUUAUACUCUAAGGUCAUUAAGGCAAUCGACCUGGACCAAGUUCGCUCCACAUUUUGGUCUGACUCAACAAUUGUGCUUCACUGGCUUCAAGCUCCUCCAAAUACUUGGAAGACCUUUGUUGCCAACCGAGUCUCGACCAUUCAAACUAUAACACAAGGUCAUCGUUGGCGACACAUAGCUGGAAAGGAAAACCCUGCUGACUUGGUAUCCUGA